AUGGACACAACCUGCACUAGGUACUGCGUCACUAGCACCAACAUCAGCGGAGCUGCCUGGCAACUCACCUUUUUUAGCUCUUCCACGAAGGCAACCCAUGUUAGUAAAGACGCCCUUUUCGCAAAAUUAGCUAGAGAUGCUCUUAAUUCACCCUCUGAGGCCUUACUUCCUUCCUCUGGAAAGCGCAAAGUUUCAGACAGUUUUUUGACAUUGAAUGAUACUGGUAAGAAAAUAAGAAAGCAUGCUCAUUUGUCAGAGAAGGCAGAGGCUAGAUGCCGGCAGCGAUGA